AUUUUUUUUUGUUUGGGUGCUGUGCUGCUGCUGCGGUGGGUUUCGGUGUGGCAUUCUCUAAAAUCUAAUGAGUUUUCAGGUUUAAAUCCACAAUGAAGACUGCUUUGAUGGUGGCUGAAAAGCCUUCCCUCGCUCAGAACCUAGCAAACAUCCUGAGCAACGGGAAAUGCAGUACAAACAAAGGAUCGAAUUCAGCAUGUGCAGUGCACGAAUGGAACGGGACGUUCAAAAACGAGCCGGUGCGGUUUAAAAUGACGUCGGUGUGUGGGCACGUAAUGAGCUUGGACUUUACCGGUAAAUACAACAACUGGGACAAGGUGGACCCGAUUGAGCUGUUCACGUGCCCCACGGAGAAGAAGGAGGCCAUGCCGCGGCUGAGGAUUCCGGCGUUCUUGGCGCAGGAGGGGCGCGGCGCCGACUACCUGAUACUGUGGCUCGAUUGCGACAAGGAGGGAGAGAACAUCUGUUUUGAGGUCAUGCAAUGUGUGGUUGGCUAUGCAAAAGGUGAUGUCUUCUCUCCGUCAGUGACAUACCGAGCUCGUUUCUCAGCUAUCACUGACAAAGAUAUAAAAGCUGCCAUGAAUUCUCUGGUAAGACCAAAUGAGAAUGAGUCCAGAAGUGUGGACGCUCGCCAGGAGCUGGAUCUCCGUAUUGGCUGCGCCUUCACUAGGUUUCAAACCAAGUAUUUUCAAGGUCGCUAUGGUGACUUAGAUGCGUCUCUAAUCUCCUACGGACCAUGCCAAACUCCUACUUUGGGUUUUUGUGUCCAACGUCAUGACGAAAUCCAGACAUUUAAACCAGAAACGUACUGGGUCCUGCGAGUCACAGCCACUACUACGGAGGGCAGAGAGUUACCAUUGGAAUGGAAGAGGAUUCGGUGUUUCGAGAAAGACAUUGCUAACAUGUUUGUGGCUAGUAUUAAAGAAAUCAAGGAGGCUGUUGUAAUAAGUGUGCAAGCGAAGGAGAAGGUGAAGUCCCGUCCGGUGGCGCUGAACACGGUGGAGCUGAUGCGAGUGGCCAGCGCGGGGCUGGGCAUGGGGCCGCAUCAUGCUAUGCAGAUCGCAGAACGGCUCUACACACAGGGUUACAUCUCGUAUCCGCGAACUGAGACUACCAGCUACGGGGAAAACUACGAUCUAGUUGGCAUGCUCCGUCAACAGCAGAACUCGUCCAAAUGGGGCGCGGAAGUGCGCGCGCUGCUGGCCGGCGGCGUCAACAAGCCCAAGAAGGGCAAGGACGUGGGCGACCACCCGCCCAUCACGCCCAUGAGACCUGCUACGGAAGCAGAGCUCGAAGGCGACGCGUGGCGCGUGUACGACUACAUAACGCGACACUUCAUAGCGACACUGUCGCGCGACUGCCGCUACCUGUCCAACUGCAUCACGUUCCAGAUAGGGAGUGAAACCUUCAGCUACACGGGGAAUACCCUGGUUGAUGCCGGGUACACGGAGAUUAUGCAUUGGCAGGCACUGGGCAAAGACGAGUUCGUGCCUCUUCUAAAAGUGGAUGAGGUGCUGCGCGCGCACGACCACCGCCUGGUGGAGUGCCAGACCGCGCCGCCCGACUACCUCACCGAGUCAGAGGUGAUCACGCUGAUGGAGAAGCACGGCAUCGGCACGGACGCGUCCAUCCCGGUGCACAUCAACAACAUCUGCCAGCGCAACUACGUGACCGUGGGCAGCGGGCGCCGGCUCGUGCCUACCAACCUGGGGAUCGUGCUCGUGCAUGGGUAUCAGAAGAUUGACCCAGAACUAGUCCUACCGACAAUGCGAUCAGCCGUAGAAGAGCAACUGAACCUCAUAGCAGUGGGCAAGGCAGACUUCCACGCAGUCUUAUCUCACACCACAGAGAUAUUCCGUAGAAAGUUCCAGCACUUUGCUAGGAGCAUCGAGGCUAUGGACCAAUUGUUUGAGGUCAACUUCUCGUCGCUAAAAGCCAGUGGGAAAGCGCUGUCUAGAUGCGGCAAGUGCAGGCGUUAUAUGCGGUAUAUAAUGGCCAAGCCAGCGCGCCUGCACUGCUCCCACUGUGACGACACCUACUGCCUGCCUCAGAACGGGACCGUCCGCAUUUACCGCGAGCUCAAGUGUCCUCUAGACGACUUUGAACUACUGUCCUGGUCUUCAGGAAACAAGGGGAAGAGCUUCCCGCUCUGCCCGUACUGCUAUAAUCAUCCGCCGUUCAGGGACAUGAAGAAAGGCUUCGGCUGCAACUCCUGUACUCAUCCAACUUGUCCUUACGGAGUGAACUCGACCGGCGUGUCGGGCUGCGUGGAGUGCGAGAGCGGCGUGCUGGUGCUCGACCCCUCGGCGCCCAAGUGGAAGCUAGGCUGUAAUAGAUGCGACGUAAUAAUCAACAUAUUCGAAGACGCUUCCCGAGUCACAGUCAGCGAGACACAAUGCAACGAGUGUUCGGCGCAACUAGUGACGGCUGAAUACAGAGCUGAGAGAACGAGGUUGCCUGGAGCUAUUACUGAGAUGACGGCGUGCUUGUUCUGCGACCCGGCGUUUAUUGCCCUGGUGGAGAAACACCGUGCGGUGGCGUCCCGCGCCUCGGCGCCGCGCGGGGGGGCGCGGGGGGGACGCGCGCGCGCCGCCAAACACAAGAACAAACAACCCAAGGACAAGAUGGCGCAACUGGCUGCUUACUUCGUGUAGUAUAGGUAUAAGCUUUUACUGUGUAACAUAUGUUAAAGUGAAUUUAGGAAAAACUAAUGUGUCGUUUAAAUGUCGUGUGACCGUUCUUCUGCAAGUGUAGCAACAGUGGACACACGCAGACACAGUCGAGUACGUUUUUUUUACUGCGUUUCUAUUGGUCUACGACAGUCUACGUAAUACUAAUCAACAUAAUUUAUUACUGCGUUGCCGUUGCUAUUGAUCCUAACAUUGACCCAUCUCACUCUGUGAAUAUUGGAAAUGUGCGUGCGUGAAAUACUCAGUACUCGUUUGUUAAAAAAAUACCCCCGAAUUCAUAGAGCUUUUUGACACUCUACAAUAGGUUUAAAAUUUGACGAAUUUCAACUAUUUGACUGACGUAUAAGAGUUGAAACUCGUGUGUUUCAAAGUCAAUUUUAACCUUGUUGUAAAUUUACAAUACGGUUUAUGAAUUUGAGGGAUAGACUAUAGAGCGCGUCUAGAGAUUGUCACCGUGAUGAAAGGAUUAGCCAGUCAGAAUAGCGUCAGUCGCUGACUGCCCAGAGCAGUGCGUCUGCACCGGACGCCUAAUUAUACAACUCAGGCAGGAUUCUUUCAUCCAACUAAUGUGAGCAUUGACGGUGUAAAAUUAUCUUUCCGUCGUUCUAACCAUAGCAUUCGAAUACUUUUGAAAUACGUAUUUAUAGAAAUAGUUGUAAUAAAUCCACUAACAAAAUCAGUAUUUCGUUACUGUUCAAUUAAUCAAGUAUUUUGUUCUAAUAAUGAAUUCAUUUGGGAAAUAAUAACACAAAAUUCAAUUAAAUGUAUUAUGUGUUUGCGGAAAUGUAUAUUUUUUUUGCAUCAAAUACAGUAUGUAAAUUUCAUUUCGUGUAUAUUUAUAACUAGUAAUAAUACUAAUUAUUGAUAAGGUAUAUUUCGUUAUAAUAUUAGGUAUAUUUGUCAAAGUAAUACAUUAGUGUAAGUGUUCGCUUGAUAUAUUUAUUAUAUUUACUUGCUAUUUAUCGUCAUGUAUUUAAGGAUAUAAAUAAAUGUGUAAAGGAAACUAACAUUCAGACUUUUUAAUAAUCAAUACCUCUACCAUA